GACAAAAAUUCCCGAAAGCCAUGCACGCGCAAAUCCAGACACGACCGCCAUUAAACAAUUCUUCCUUCCUCUACAAUCCUCCUCUCUCUCCGAAACGUGUUGCGCUAGCUGUUCCCCUCCCUCUGUCCUUCACUUGUCAGUCAGUCCUCAUCGUCAUCUCUUCUCUUCUCUUCUCCCCCUUCCUCUUCUCGAGCUCGAUCGAUCCAUCGGCAUUGGAGCUGGGUGUGCUCUGCUCGCUCAAAAGAAGGGGAGCCGCAGGAAUAGUGUGCCCUGUGUGUGUGUGUCCAGUGAGCAGAGGGUGUGUUGCUAUUUUGGGGAGGGAGAGGAAAAGGUGUGAGCUUCGCCGGUGGUGGUGGUGAUGGCGCCGUGGAGCGGCUUGUGGGCCGGCAGGGCCGGCGGCGGCGUCGACGCCUACCGCGGCACGCCGGUGGUCGUCAAGAUGGAGAACCCCAACUGGUCCAUCUCCGAGAUCGACGGCGCCGAAGAAGACGGCCUCUUGCCGCGGCCGCGGAAGACGAAGAACGCGAAGCAGAUCACGUGGGUGCUCCUCCUCAAGGCCCACCGCGCCGCCGGCUGCCUGGCCUGGCUCGCCUCCGCCGCCGUCGCCCUCGGCUGCGCCGCCCGCCGCCGCGUCGCCGCCGGCCGGACCGACUCCUCCCAUUCCCCCGCCGCCGCCGCCGAUUCGGAACGCGAAGAAGCCCCGACGCCGCCCUCCCGCUUCUACGGCUUCAUCAGGGCCUGCCUGCUGAUGUCCGUCUUCCUCCUGGCCGUCGAGCUCGCCGCCCACUCCAACGGCCGGGGCCGCAUCGUCGACUCCUUCUACGCCUCGCUGGUGCGCUUCCGCGCGGCCUACGUGGCCCCGCCGCUACAGCUCCUCGCCGACGCCUGCGUCGUGCUCUUCCUCGUCCAGAGCGCCGACCGCCUCGUCCAGAGCCUCGGCUGCUUCUACAUCCUCCUCAACCGCAUCAAGCCCAAGCCCGUCUCUCCGCCGCCAUUGCCCGACGCCGAGGACCCGGACGCCGGAUACUACCCCAUGGUGCUCGUCCAGAUACCAAUGUGCAACGAGAAGGAGGUGUAUCAGCAGUCGAUUGCGGCGGUCUGCAAUUUGGACUGGCCGAGGUCCAACUUCCUUGUGCAGGUGCUGGACGACUCCGAUGACCCGAUCACGCAGGCGUUGAUCAGAGGGGAGGUGGACAAGUGGCGGCAGAACGGGGCGCUCAUCGUGUACCGCCACCGUGUGCUCAGGGAAGGGUACAAGGCCGGCAACCUCAAGUCGGCGAUGAGCUGCAGCUAUGUCAAGGAGUACGAGUAUGUUGCCAUCUUUGACGCUGAUUUCCAGCCGUACCCUGACUUCUUGAAGCGCACCGUGCCACAUUUUAAGGACAAUGAUGAGCUUGGCCUUGUGCAAGCGAGAUGGUCGUUUGUGAAUAAAGACGAGAACUUAUUGACGAGGUUACAGAACAUCAACCUGUGCUUCCACUUUGAGGUGGAGCAGCAGGUGAACGGCGUGUUCAUCAACUUCUUUGGGUUCAAUGGCACAGCUGGGGUGUGGAGGAUCAAGGCGUUGGAGGAUUCGGGAGGGUGGAUGGAGCGAACAACGGUGGAGGACAUGGACAUUGCUGUCCGUGCACACCUAAAGGGCUGGAAGUUUGUCUUCCUGAACGACGUUGAGUGCCAAUGUGAGUUACCAGAGUCAUAUGAGGCUUACAGGAAACAACAACACAGGUGGCACUCGGGGCCAAUGCAGCUUUUUAGGCUAUGCUUGCCGGAUAUCAUCAGAUGCAGGAUCGCAUUCUGGAAGAAGGCCAACCUCAUCUUCCUUUUCUUCUUGCUCCGCAAGCUCAUCUUGCCCUUCUAUUCAUUCACUCUCUUCUGCAUCAUCCUCCCGAUGACAAUGUUUGUCCCUGAAGCCGAGCUACCCGAUUGGGUCGUAUGCUACAUCCCGGCACUAAUGUCGUUCCUAAACAUCAUCCCUGCCCCAAAAUCCUUCCCCUUCAUCAUCCCAUACCUGCUCUUCGAGAACACCAUGUCGGUGACCAAGUUCAACGCCAUGAUCUCCGGGCUGUUCCAGCUGGGAAGCGCAUACGAGUGGGUCGUGACCAAGAAAUCCGGACGGUCAUCGGAGGGUGGUCUCAUUGCCUUGGCAUCACCCAAGGGGCUGAAACAACACAUGCCAUUCGUCGACGCAGGGGCCAGGGAGCAACCCUCACCCGGCAAUGAGUCCAAGAAGAGGAAUAAGUAUAACCGGAUAUACAAGAAGGAGCUCGCCUUGUCGCUGCUGCUCCUGACCGCGGCGGCCCGCAGCCUGCUGACGAAGCAAGGGAUCCACUUCUACUUCCUGCUGUUCCAGGGCAUCUCCUUCUUGCUGGUGGGCCUCGACCUCAUAGGCGAGGACGUCAAAUAAAACCGGCCGUUAGCAUAGGUCAAUAGAAGGUAAAGUUUGGUCGAUCGGUUAGGUCGUCGCCUAACCGAUCGACGGAUCAUGGAUGUUCUUAUUGUUGUUGUUGUUGUUGUUGUUGCUGCUGUAAAUUUCCGUCAGUCGUCAGCGGGCGAAUGUAGGAGCUAGGAAGAAAGACAUGAUGAACCUUGCUGUGUGUUGGAGGAUCUCUUAGGAGUUAGGAUAGUUGUAUGUAGAGGUCUUGUGUAGUGUAGAUAUCUGUAGUGUUCAGUAGUAGGAGUCUGCAUUCUUGGCCUGUAACCUGUGUAUCUCUGCCUAGCUGCUGCUUGCAGGCCGCUCCGAUUCUUUUGUAACAGGUUGAUUCGUGUUCAUGUCGGAGAUCGAUCGAUCUAUCUAGGGUUUUACGGUUGCAGCACAAAGUUUCAGCUUGGAUCGAUGGUAUCUGUGGACAAAA